CUUCUACAUGGUAUUUAUAAAUUAUUUAUUGUUUCAAGAAAGAUCAAAGAACCCCGGCUCGAUGUGAAUCAACUCUACGAAAUAGAAUUGUAUAACAAAACCAGAGAUGAUUGCACGUUGCACAUGCGUGAUAUAAAGUUUGAGAAGCUCGUGCGAUAGAAGAUCGCUUCUUUUCUCUGUCUAAUUUUCCUCGGAUCCCCACCUUUACAUGCUCACGAACUACUCGUCCAUAAUAUUUUUUUAGGUUGAACAUUAAAUUUUGGCAGCCUAUUCCCAGGUCAAUUAUGUUCCCAACAAUUCCGAUCGAGUUUUAACGAGGAAAACGAUGUGCGACAAUAUGAAUAACAAUCCGUUCGCUGGAUUGUUUUCGACUAUCAACGAUGCCGUGUCAUUCUCCUCGAAAAAUCAGCCAGUUAUUAACGAAGGUGACAAGAUCGGUCACGUUGCGCAACAGGAGGAGAAAAAUGUGGAGGUCGGGAAUGUUGAAGGAUCCAACGAUUCUGGGAUUGAUAAGGAAGUUAACAAUAUCCUCGGCGACGUUCUCGGAAUAACGUUGCACGGGACGGAGACCAAUGAACAGAAUCGGAGACUAGUAUUCAUCAAUGUUGAUUCGAUUGAGCAAGCAGUUUUCGAGCGAUUAUUAUCAUCCGAUCUCGAAUCGAAAUUGGUACCUGCCGGAGGCUCUCCCAAUGAUUCUCAUGUAACAGAAAAACAGGUGAUCCCUUACUUAUUCGAGAGCUACUGCCGUGUACUAUCAGAAUCUAAACGUCAGAAGACACCUCAGCCCUCGGAUGUGCUUAAUAAGAUAAGGCAGACCAUAAUACAAAAUGCGAGCGUCGCGUUACAAGAGCCAGAAUUGUUCGAGGAACAGCAGAUCUAUGAACAAUUUAUUUCUUUAUUCAUAGAUGAUAAUGAGCGUGAACUAGAACUUACACUGUUUGUUGACGGCAUUGUGUCUGAGUUACAAACAGACAGGAAUGAUACAGAUACGAUAACGGCGUGUUUUAAACCUGUUUUGGACAUACUUUAUAAAGAAGCGGCAGAGAGUAAUCUGAUUCUCUUUCGCCGAUAUUGGUUCACUAUAUUGUAUCUGUUCUGUUCGAUCCCUCCCUUAGCCAAAUUAGUAAUUGUUCACAGUACACCGAAAGGCACUAUAGGUCAAGCGUACGCGGAUACGUUGUUAGGUGCACUGCUUAAUUUGAGCUGUUUACCAAAAUCGAUCAAAGACACAUUUUAUUUUUUUAAGAAUCCCUUCGAAGGAUCUUCGUCUACUGUAGAAGGAAGUAUUUGGACAGCGUUAGACUCGUUGAACGAGUCGUUGCAUAAGGUUUUCCAUUUGCUUCUAAGAUGCUCUUCGGAAGUCCGUCAUUUAACUUUGCAGUGGAUAGGCGACUGCCUACACUUGAACGAGAACAGAGGGAAACUUAAUGCUCAGAACGACAUAGGCUUCAGUUCAUUCUCGUGCGUUUCCGAUGCUUUGAUGUUAAAUUUGGGGAACGUAUUACUGCGGCUUUGCCAACCGUUUUGUAUUAAGCAGAACGAGUCUAAAGUGCCUAAAAUUGAUCCAACGUACUGUGCCGCGGAGGAUCAGAAUAAUCGAGACGAUCAGGACGAACGGCCGGUGGUACAUUUAAAGGGGAUGUCCUCUGAAACUUGUCUGCUACCGGCGUCGAAAUGUCCUAGACCAGUAGCAAAAUCAUUUGGAUUUAGUACAGAGUGCUUCUUUUUAACUCACAGGGCAUUAGACCUUGGCUACAGAGUAGUAUUAGAGAAACUGCUAAGAACGAACCAAGACUUGGGGAGAAUACAAAGAGUGUACCAAGAUGCACAGAGCAGCGGUGGAUUGCGAGUACUAGACGAAAUAAUUCACCUGAUUGAAAAAGAGAUGACCAAAUAUCUGUCUCUGCGAGCGAGCCUGCUGGUGCCAGAAAUGUUGAAGCUGUUGUCGAAAUUUCAUGCGACCACAGCAUUUUGGUUGGUGCAAUUGUACUUGGACGAUGUGAACGGCGAACAGAAUGAUUACAUUCCGAAAGAAUGUAAAGCGGUUACGUUCCCUUUGCCCGAAACUGCUCCAGAUACCUUAAGAUGCAUUCCCGAGUUCGUAGUAGAAAAUACUAUUAGAUUUUUAUAUUUAUUGCGUCUGAAUCCGGAUAUUUUCGAGGAGCAGGGUCCAGCUUUUCUUACGCCUGUGUUGACGGAGAUCAUAGUCUUAAUGGAAUCUCAACAACGGUUGUACAAUCCUCAUUUACGUGCGCGUAUGGCGGAAGGUCUGGAGAGUCUCUUACCUACGAGCGAUGAGACCAUGAGCCCCGUAACGUCGAACUUAGGGACAUUCCAGAGAGAACAAUUGUUCAUCAAUCAUCCGUAUAGACAAUACAUCGUUCCGAAUUUACUUAAAGUAUUUGUAAGUAUCGAAAUGACCGGGCAGAGCGUGCAAUUCGAACAAAAAUUUAAUUACCGACGACCGAUGUAUAUUGUUAUGGAAUACUUGUGGAAAUUACCGGAGCAUCGUGGUAUUUUUGUUUCUUUAGCCGAAGAAGCCGAAGAAAACAUGAGAGACGCUGAACCUCCGUUAUUCCUGCGUUUUAUAAAUCUAUUGAUGAACGACGCAGUGUUCCUACUCGAUGAAGCGCUCUCGAGUAUGGCGCAAUUGAGACAAUUGAUUCAAGCGAGGGAAAGCGGAGAAUGGAAAAGAUUGCCGCAACACGAACGCGAUCAACAAGCUCAGGAUCUGUUGCAUCUUGGAAUGAUUGCCCGGUUCGACAAUGUGUUAGGUAGAAAAACGAUUUACACGUUGAAAAUGUUGACUACGGAGAUAAAAUCGAUUUUCUGUCAUCCAACACUGGUGGAUCGCAUUGCUUCGAUGCUCAAUUAUUUACUCCUACAGCUGGUUGGACCAAAUAAAAAGAAUUUGAAGGUAAACGAUCAAAAGGAAUACGCAUUCAAUCCUGCAAAUUUAGUAUUGAACAUAUGCGAGAUCUACAUCAAUCUCAGCCAGAGCAAGUCUUUCGUACGCGCCGUUUCCCAAGACGGUCGUUCAUACAGUCCGGAACUUUUUAAACUGGCUGACAACGUUCUCGUUCGUAUCGGCGGUGUCGGUAUACUGAGCGAUCUGGAUCAAUUCGCGAAAAAUGUAGAAGCGGCUGCGAGUUACAAAAAGGAAGAAGACGAAAUUCUGGUUGACGCUCCCGAGGAAUUUCUCGACCCGAUCAUGUCCACUUUAAUGUCAGAUCCUGUCAUUCUUCCAUCGUCUCGUAUAACGAUCGAUCGGCAGACCAUUGCAAGGCACUUGUUAAGCGAUCAGACAGAUCCGUUCAAUAGAUCCCCUCUGACUAUGGACAUGGUUAAAUCGGACGUUCAACUACGAUGUAGAAUUAAGGAAUGGGUUAAACAAAAGAAACAGGAGAGGAAGAAAAAUUGUGAUUGAUUAUUAAAGAGCGAUUAGUCGAUGGAUCAGUAUGUAAAAUCGUCUGAAAUCUAUCUGUGGAUCAAUGGCAUUGUUUAAUACAAAUUCUUGUUUAAUGACAUUCACGGGAAGGUAUAUACUUUUGUAUAUGGAAAAUCCUCGUAAAUUCUACUACAUAAUUACCGUGCCACAUUCUAUAGGAUUACUGCGUUUUAUGCAAAACAAAUUGUGUCUUGUAACAGUCUGUGUAAUAAUGUAAGCAUGGAACUAAAACUAAGUUGUUGUUAUUGUAUAAUAGGUGUAUAAAGUAUUCAUUAUAAAGUUACUUGUACUUUAUUUUAACGAGUUAAAUGUAAUAAACGGAACAAACAGAUUUGGAAUAAAGUUACGGUGAUAUUUA